AUGUAUAUGCCCUCAUUUGCGCAUCAAAUGAUGCCACCCUAUGCGACGCAACUUGCAGCAACUACACCGACGGCUAAUGCUGCUUCGCCACAGCAACAACAGCAACUCAACAAGAUCUCUCAGCAGCAUCUCAAAUCAUCUGAUGAGGUUGCAGCAUCAAGUGGAGUGUUAUCAGCAGCGAAAACGAUGCAAUCACCCUCAGCCCAGAAUCUCCAACGGCAGUUUGGCAUGCAAAUGAUGCAGUCUGGUACAGGUCAACAUCAAGCAGCCAUGAUGCAAGCAGCUGCAGCUCAAGCUCAGAUGGCUCAAAUGCAUCACCUCUACAUGCAGCAAAUGGCUGCUGGUGCACGAGGGGCACAAUACUCGGUACCGCAAUUAUUGGCUGGUACCUCUGCAGGAGCGCACGAAAUGGCCCAGCUUGUUGCUUUACAAGCUCUCCAGCAACAACAGCAGAACCAUUUCGCAAGCAUGUUCCAGCAAAAG